CUCAGCAUUUGUCAAGCACCUCUGUUUCCUCUGUCUCUCUCUUUUGCUCCCUCUCAAUUCUCAACCAUGAUUGUAAUGUCUGAGAAACCCCUUCAAGGAGUUUCUCCACAGAUUACAGACACCACCUUUUCUCCAUCAUCUAAAAGGUUGGAAGGAAAAGUUGCUAUUGUAACUGGGGGUGCGAGGGGCAUAGGAGAAGCAACGGUGAGAGUUUUUGUGAAGCAUGGUGCAAAGGUGGUGAUUGGUGAUGUAGAAGAUUCAGCAGGUGCCAGGCUUGCGGAGACACUAUCUCCUUCAGCCACCUACGUCCACUGUGAUGUGAGCUUGGAGAAAGAAGUUGAGAAUCUGGUCAGUUCCACAAUCUCUCGCUAUGGACACCUUGACAUCAUGUUCAACAAUGCUGGUGUUCUAGGGAACCAGUCCAAGAACAAGAGCAUUGUGAACUUCGACCCUGAGGAGUUCGACCGAGUGAUGCGUGUGAAUGUGAAGGGUGUGGCUUUGGGAACCAAGCACGCUGCAAGGGCCAUGAUCCCUAGAGGAGUAGGGUGCAUCAUCUCAACCUGUAGUGUUGCUGGGGUCAUGGGGGGGCUUGGUCCACAUGCUUACACAGCCUCAAAACAUGCCAUAGUGGGGCUUACUAAGAACACUGCUUGUGAGUUGGGGAGGUUUGGGAUUAGGGUGAAUUGUAUUUCACCGUUUGGGGUGGCCACUUCCAUGCUUGUGAAUGCAUGGAGGCCUUGUGAUGAAGAGGGUCAAUGUGAUGAUGCAGAUUUUGGGGUGGAGAAGGUUGAGGAGUUUGUUAGAGGGCUUGGCAACUUGAGAGGCACAACUUUGAGACCUUUGGACAUUGCUGAGGCUGCACUUUAUCUUGCUAGUGAUGAAUCUAAGUAUGUUAGUGGACAUAACCUUGUUGUGGAUGGUGGAGUCACUUCCUCAAGAAAUUGUAUUGGACUGUAAUUAACUUAAUUUCUUGGUAUUCAUUCAUGUUCUGAUGUGUUGCUUGUUUUACUUGGUAGUUCGUAGUUAUCAGCGUAGGAUCAGGCACUUGUGUCAAGCUUGUAUAAUGAUUUUCUAUCCAUAUAUAAUUGCAGUUUUAGCCUGUUAUCUAAUUACAAACCUUCAUAUGUGAUAUG